AUGGAGCCACAGACACUGGAAAUAAAAACAGUCAUUGAUCUAUCAACAGGAGAGGAAAUUCCAGUGGCAGAUGCUGUUGAAAGAGGAAUAAUUGAUCCACAGAAGGGAGUCUUCAUAAAUACCAUCACUGGUGAAGAGAUCAAACUUGACGAUGCAGUUGACAAAGGUUUGGUCACUACAGGAGAGGUUAGCUCACCUCUUCCUCUUCAAGAAUCUCAAUCCUAUGGAAUCCCAAUACAAUCUCCCAGUAAGAUAGCCAACUAUAAGGUUCAUGGUGUGACUGACACGACAACGGGAGAAAAACUGAGUGUAAGUCAAGCAGUACAACAAGGAAUUCUCAACCCAUCAAGUGGGGAAUAUAUGGAUCCCUCCACAGACGAAAGGAUGUCCAUUGGUGAUGCCAUAAAGAGAGGCCUUAUUGAUGCUAGUGUUGAGCAGAGAGAAUUCACAUCCAGAACUCUGUCUGAUGUGGGCACAAGCUUUCAAUCAAGUAAAACAACUGCAGUUCAGGAAAAAGAAAUGUCAAAACCCGGAGAUGUCACCUUCCAACAAGCUUUGUCUUCAGGGCUAAUCGACCCAAUAUCAGGAAACUUCACUGAUCCCACCACUGGGAUUGAAAUACCAGUUGAUGUGGCCAUCAAACAAGGACUCAUCUUGGACAAUUCUGGAAAACCUGUUAAAUCAGGCACUACAGAUGAUGCUAUGACUAUUGCAGAGGCUCUUCAAAGUGGUAUCAUUGACACAAAAACUGGCAAAGUUCAGGAUCCUAAAACAGGGCAACUGAAAUCCAUUGAGCAAUCUAUUGCUGAUGGUAUCAUUGCGCCUGAAUUUGGUGGUGCCAUAGCAUCUGCUGGGUAUUCAGAAGUUCAGUCAUCAACAAACACAUACACACGAUCAGAACAAAGUGCCUUCACUCAAGUGACCUCCAAAGGAGACAGUGUUUCAAUUACAUCUGUUCAACCUGGGAGUAAAAUCACUGUAGACGAUGCAGUGGCAAGUCAUCUAAUUGAUCUUGAUACACAAUCAUUCAUCAUUCCUCAAACUGGACAGAAAAUUCCACUUCAAGAUGCUGUAGAACAGGGAUAUUUAGAUAGUGGAAUGUCCAUGGAAACCAAGCCUGCGUCAGGCAAACCAGGCCUCACUGUAUCAGAAGCUGUUCAACAAGGUCAUCUAGAUGAAAGAACUGGAAUUUUCAAAGAUCCAAAAUCUGGAAAGAAGAUGUCAUUAGAAGAAGCAGUUAAGAAAGGACUAUUAGCUUCAUCCCCUGAUAAAUCAUUUGAUGAUGAACACAAAUCUGGUCUAAGCAUAGGUCAAGCUAUUCAGCAAGGUCUUGUUGAUACUAGAAGUGGUGAAUAUAUAAACCCCCAAUCAGGAGAGAGAAUGACAAUUGAGGAAGCUGUUAUGGAAGGGAUACUUCUUCCUGGUACAUUCAAGAAAGGUAUGCCACUAACGCUAACUGAAGCAGAAAGAAAAGGUAUUGUAGAUGCCAGGUCAGGCACAUACCACAACCCUCAGACUGGUGAGACAUUAACUACUGAUGAAGCCAUUAAACGAGGCCUAUUACAACCAAUGUCUGUUACUGAGGCAAGUGAAAGGGGUAUUGUGGACACAACAGGGACAAAGUACAAGCAUCCAAAGACUGGACAAGUGAUGGAUGUUACAGAAGCUAUUCAAAAGGGUUACAUAGAAGACCGCGAGAAGCAGAUAUCACCAACCUCUGAUAUUCCAACUAUGGCUACAAUUCCUGGAUUUGAAGUGACAUCCAAUGGAGAAGUUGUCAACACUACAACAGGCGUCACUUUAUCCAUUGAUGAUGCAAUGCAGCGAGGUAUUUUGGAAAUAGUGGAACCCCAACAGUGGUCUGGAGCUAUGGGUCAAAGGUUUCGACAGGAUGAUGAGCUAUCUGAAACCUCUUCUAUAUUCAGCAGAUCAACAUUUGGGGCUUACAGUCAGGAUAUAUCUUUUGCAACUUUGGACAAGUCCGGUGUCUUGAUUCACAGCGGUGGUGGUACUCUUCCACUUGCCCAGGCUAUAGCUGAGGGGCUAGUAGACAAAGUGACUGGAGAUAUACUAGACUCAAAAUCAGGCAUGCCUAUUCCCUUUCACCAGGCUUUAAUCAAGGCCUUUAUAUUACCUCAGCCAUCCCCCAAAUCAGUUGCCCACAAACCAAAACUGUUGAGUGUCCUCAGAAGCCAAGCUUAUGACAUGAUAUCAAAUACUAUCUUUGAUCCUAAAUCUGGUCAAAAACUUUCACUUGAAAAAGCUAUCCUAGAGAAUCAGAUUGACACCUCUGACAUUAGAAUUUCAAUACCCUCUCUUGAUGAAGUGAUUAUUUUAGCCAGGCUAUUGAUAGGGGUCUUAUAAAUUUGGAAUCUGGGUCCUUGCUUGAUAUCAGUAAAGGUCAAUAUGUUCCAUUAAAAGAAGCUUUAUCAAAAGGGAUGAUAUUUGAAACAGACAAAGUUGAAUCAAUCACUGAUCUGAUUGCAAGUGGGAAAUAUAAUCCAAGAACUGGGAAGAUUCUGAACAAAAGUACCAAUCAAGAAAUGACACUUCAGGAAGCUAUUGAUCAGAACAUCUUAGAUAAACAGUCAAGUAUUAUAGAUCCAAUCACAAAAGUUGAGGCAACCAUAGAAUCACUCAUAGAUAGUGGGAUUUUAGAUCCAUUGUCAGGCAAAAUUUUGAAGGAAACAGGAGAAAUGGUUCCAUUGACAGAUGUAGUACAGGUCAAAGUAAGUGAUAGGCUAGCAUCUAUUGAAUCACUGAUUGAACCAAAGGGCUUAGCAGACGCAUUAGUUGAAAAUAUGUAUGACCCACAAGAUAAGUGUUUUUUAGAACCAACAUCCAACAGUAAAUUUACAUUUGCUGAAGCAAUCAGUCAGGGAAUCAUAGACAUAGAUAACAUCUUGGUGAAGGAUCCCAUCACAGGACUUCAGAUGAGCAUGAAUGAAGCAAUUGGAAAGGAAUAG